GGCUCCUCUCGGCUCCCGGCCGCCCUUUCCCCUGCGGCCUCUGCUCUGGCUGCUGCACCCGGCGGAGCUCCGGACACGUGCGGGGAGUCACCUAGAGCCGGACUCCGAGAGCCUUACUCUCUAUGCACCAGGGGACAAAGACUUGGGAAGAGUGGCCAGCUGUGGACUUUGAUCAGAUGCAACUCCAGUUCUAGGCAAACACUUAUCACUCAGGGUGAUUCUGGAGAUUGUCCAAUAGAGCUGACUUAGUUGCUGCUUCUGUGAAGAGUGACAUCGUAGUUUCCACGGGAGGAACUGGAUAACUUGAAAGUAGGGCAUCCUUCACCCUUCUGAAGAGAGGAAAUAGUAGCAGGUGGACAGUCUGUAUGUGAGGUUUUCAGAUGCCUUUGCCUGAAUGAGAAACCUGCCUCCAUGAGGACCUCAGAUGUCUGGCAGCCCUGUAUGCACAUCAAUUUGAACAACUAUCAGUGCAUGAAAAUACCUUCACAAGAGCUAAGGAAACCAGAGUUGUCUGCUGGUUCUCAGCUUGAAGAAGAUUCUACAGUCCUUAUUGAUCCUUUUUCUUGGCGUUACCAUUUUUUGAAGCAAAGUUAACCUAGCUUUCUAGUUUGAGCUUUCUUUUUGGCCGUCUUUAAAAAAAAUUUUUUUUUAAUCUAUAAAAUAGACAAGAGAUAGUUCUACAAUGUCCAAGUCAUUCCAGCAGUCAUCUCUCGGUAGGGACUCACAGGGUCAUGGGCGUGACCUGUCUGCAGCAGGAAUAGGCCUUCUUGCUGCUGCUACCCAGUCUUUAAGUAUGCCAGCAUCUCUUGGAAGGAUGAACCAGGGUACUGCACGCCUUGCUAGUUUAAUGAAUCUUGGAAUGAGUUCUUCAUUGAAUCAACAAGGAGCUCAUAGUGCACUGUCUUCUGCUAGUACUUCUUCCCAUAAUUUGCAGUCUAUAUUUAACAUUGGAAGUAGAGGUCCACUCCCUUUGUCUUCUCAACACCGUGGAGAUGCAGACCAGGCCAGUAACAUUUUGGCCAGUUUUGGUCUGUCUGCUAGAGACUUAGAUGAACUGAGUCGUUAUCCAGAGGACAAGAUUACUCCUGAGAAUUUGCCCCAAAUCCUUCUACAGCUUAAAAGGAGGAGAACUGAAGAAGGCCCUACAUUGAGUUAUGGUAGAGAUGGCAGAUCUGCUACACGGGAGCCACCAUACAGAGUACCUAGGGAUGAUUGGGAAGAAAAAAGGCACUUUAGAAGAGAUAGUUUUGAUGAUCGUGGUCCUAGUCUCAACCCAGUGCUUGAUUAUGACCAUGGAAGUCGUUCUCAAGAAUCUGGUUAUUAUGACAGAAUGGAUUAUGAAGAUGACAGAUUAAGAGAUGGAGAAAGGUGUAGGGAUGAUUCUUUUUUUGGUGAGACCUCGCAUAACUAUCAUAAAUUUGACAGUGAGUAUGAGAGAAUGGGACGUGGUCCUGGCCCCUUACAAGAGAGAUCUCUCUUUGAGAAAAAGCGGGGCGCUCCUCCAAGUAGCAAUAUUGAAGACUUCCAUGGACUCUUACCGAAGGGUUAUCCCCAUCUGUGCUCUAUAUGUGAUUUGCCAGUUCAUUCUAAUAAGGAGUGGAGUCAACAUAUCAAUGGAGCAAGUCACAGUCGUCGAUGCCAGCUUCUUCUUGAAAUCUACCCAGAAUGGAAUCCUGACAAUGAUACAGGACACACAAUGGGUGAUCCAUUCAUGUUGCAGCAGUCUACAAACCCAGCACCAGGAAUUCUGGGACCUCCGCCUCCCUCGUUUCAUCUUGGAGGACCAGCUGUUGGACCAAGAGGAAACCUGGGUGCUGGAAAUGGGAACCUGCAAGGACCUAGACACAUGCAAAAAGGCAGAGUGGAAACUAGCCGAGUUGUUCACAUUAUGGAUUUUCAACGAGGGAAAAACUUGAGGUACCAACUAUUACAAUUGGUGGAACCAUUUGGCGUCAUUUCAAAUCAUCUGAUCCUAAAUAAAAUUAAUGAGGCAUUUAUUGAAAUGGCAACGACGGAAGAUGCUCAGGCUGCAGUGGAUUACUAUACAACCACGCCAGCAUUAGUAUUUGGCAAGCCAGUGAGAGUUCAUUUAUCCCAGAAGUAUAAAAGAAUAAAGAAACCGGAAGGGAAGCCAGAUCAGAAGUUUGAUCAGAAGCAAGAGCUUGGACGUGUGAUACAUCUCAGCAAUUUACCCCAUUCUGGCUAUUCUGACAGUGCCGUCCUCAAGCUUGCUGAGCCUUAUGGAAAAAUAAAGAAUUACAUAUUGAUGAGGAUGAAAAGUCAGGCCUUUAUUGAGAUGGAGACCAGAGAAGACGCAAUGGCAAUGGUUGACCAUUGUUUGAAAAAAGCCCUUUGGUUUCAGGGGAGAUGUGUGAAGGUUGACCUUUCUGAGAAAUAUAAAAAACUGGUACUUAGGAUUCCCAACAGAGGCAUUGACUUACUGAAAAAAGAUAAGUCCCGAAAAAGAUCUUAUUCUCCUGAUGGCAAAGAAUCUCCAAGUGAUAAGAAAUCCAAAACUGAUGGUUCCCAGAAGACAGAAAGUGCGGCCGAAGGUAAAGAACAAGAAGAGAAGUCAGGUGAAGAUGGUGAGAAAGAUACAAAGGAUGAUCAGACAGAACAGGAACCUAAUAUGCUUCUUGAAUCUGAAGAUGAGCUACUUGUAGAUGAAGAAGAAGCAGCAGCACUACUAGAAAGUGGCAGUUCAGUGGGAGAUGAGACUGAUCUUGCUAAUUUAGGUGAUGUGACUUCUGAUGGGAAAAAGGAGCCUUCAGACAAAGCUGUGAAAAAAGAUGCAAGUGCUUCAGCAGCAGCAAAGAAAAAGCCUAAAAAGCGUCGUUUUCCAGGGAGUAUGGAAGGUUUUGUCACUCUAGAUGAGGUUGGUGAUGAGGAAGAUUCGGAACUUCAGAAACUUCGUAAAUCAGGCAUGGCAUUUAAAUCUGGUGACAAAAAUGAUGAUGGUUUGGUUGAAAUUAAGGUGGACAAGAUCGAGGAACUUGAUCAAGAAAACGAAGCAGCGUUGGAAAAUGGAAUUAAAAAUGAGGAAAACACAGAACCAGGUGCUGAAUCUGCUGAGAAUGCUGAUGAUCCCAGUAAAGAUACAAGUGAAAAUGCAGAUGGCCAAAGUGAUGAAAACAAGGAGGACUAUACCAUCCCAGAUGAGUAUAGAAUUGGACCAUAUCAGCCCAAUGUUCCUGUUGGUAUAGACUAUGUGAUACCUAAAACAGGGUUUUACUGUAAGCUGUGUUCACUCUUUUAUACAAAUGAAGAAGUUGCAAAGAAUACUCAUUGCAGCAGCCUUCCUCAUUAUCAGAAAUUAAAGAAAUUUCUGAAUAAAUUGGCAGAGGAACGCAGGCAGAAGAAAGAAGCUUAAGAUGUGCAAGAAGAUUUAAUGAUUUCAAAGGAAAUAAUGGUUCUUUGUUUUUAAUGUUAACCUUUUUAAAAUACAAUACUGAUAGUUAGAAGAAAACUUGUACUCUUUUGUUUUAGUGGAAAAAAUAAUAGAUGUCUGUUCAUGUGUUAAGUGUUAUAGCAAAAAAUACAUAUACGGUUAAGUUAAUGAAGAAUAGUUUUUGUUUUAUCAGAAUGGCAACAGACGUUUUGUAGAGACUGACUGUAAGCUACUUAAGACAACUCGCACCACUAAGAAAAAGAUAACGUAUAACCAUACGGAAAAAUGAAAUGUAGUAAUUCCAAGCUUAAAAAAAUGUCAACAACUUUUGUUUCCACUCAAUAAAGAACAAAACCAAUUGUA